AUAAAUAAGGCUUAAACGUAAAAGGAGAUACAACGAAAGUGAAACUUCACUUACGUCUGUGCGAAAGCGAAAUCAGUGCAUUCAAGCAGAAAAAGUUGCGCUACUCAUCUCGAUACAAAACCAGUUUGAAAUAAUGACUUCGACGCUUAGCAGUCUACUACAGACUUUAGGUCUCGGCUCCGCAGCUAAAAAGCCAGUGACAACAACAACGAAUAUGGGACUGCACAAAACAUUCCCACAGGAAUCCAGCAAUACCGGUCUGCCGCGCGGUCUAUCCGAAAUAACACUUGCCGCCGUCGCACAACACGAUGACUACACCGACUGUUGGAUUGUCAUCUAUGAUCGCAUUUACGAUGUUACACAAUUCCUGCGCGAUCAUCCCGGUGGUGAGGAUAUCAUAAUGGAACAUGCUGGGCGUGAUGCCACGCUGGCCUUCCACGGCACCGGACACUCAAGUUCGGCGAUCGAGCUGAUGGGCGAGUAUCUGAUUGGUGAAUUGCCAGCCAAGGAGUGCAUCUUCCGCAAUGGCAAUGCAAAAGUGCUGUCCAUUGGAGUGCCACAGUGAAAAUGCGCAGAGAGAGAGCGCAAAAGAGAGAGAUAGAGUAAGAAAAAGAGAGAAAGAAUAGAGAUAGAAAAAGUUCGAAAAA